GGUUGCACGAGAGAGAGAAACUGGGUCAGGCAGACUCGAGGCAGGCCGAGUCAGGCCGAGGCUCGAGAGUCGUCCAGGCGUUUUCGGCUGGAAGCAGUCCCUUGGAAACCACCCCGAAGCCCGUCGUCGCUUCCACCACGGUCUACCGUCGUUCCAUCCACGAGUCCUUACACUCGGUUAGGACCGAUUCCAUCCCCUGUUGAGCGAGAGUGAGCGAGACGAGUGAGGAUCAACCCCCUUCGAGGUGAUACGAAGGAAUUGGAACUGAGGCGAGGGGCACAAGCAGAGACAUGGACAAUGUGCAAAUGAUCGGCACUAAAAUCACAGCGAUCAAGGAAUACUUAUAUAAUUUCGCCAGAACACAUUCACCAACCAGACUAAUGAGCUCCGAAAACACCUACUCGCUCUCCAAAGAGCACUGUAACUUGAAAUAUUCGGAUAUCCUGCCGCAGAAUGCCGAAGGUUAUCCAGCGACCAGAGAGUUCCUGAUGAAGGUGGUAGACAUUCUGUUGGAUUUCAUCAAGUCCACGAAUGAUAGAAACGCAAAAGUGCUCGAUUUCCAUCACCCCUCCGACAUGAUGCGUCUCUUGGAUCUCGAAAUUCCCGAUUCUGGCUUGACUCUUCAGCAACUUCUCAUCGAUUGUUCGACCACCUUGAAGUACCAAGUUAAAACAGGUCAUCCACAUUUUUUCAAUCAAUUGUCCUGCGGUCUGGACCUCGUCUCGAUGGCUGGCGAAUGGUUGACAGCGACAGCUAAUACCAACAUGUUCACCUACGAAAUCGCGCCGGUGUUCAUACUGAUGGAGCACGUGGUGCUUCAGAAGAUGAGAGAACUGAUCGGUUGGAGCGGUGGCGACUCCAUCCUUGCCCCAGGAGGUUCCAUCAGUAAUCUGUACGCCUUUCUCGCUGCCAGGCAUAAAAUGUUCCCUAUGUACAAAGAGCGGGGCCUCUCCGCAGUGGGUGGACAGCUGGUUAUGUUCACGUCUGACCAGUGCCAUUAUUCGGUGAAAUCGUGCGCCGCUGUCUGCGGAUUGGGAACGGACAAUUGCGUGAUGGUUCCUAGCGACGAUCGAGGCCGAAUGAUUCCUUCGAAACUGGAAGAAUUAAUUCUUGAACGCAAGGCCAAAGGACACAUCCCCUUCUUCGUGAACGCUACCGCAGGAACGACCGUCAUUGGAGCGUUCGAUCCUAUUCCAGAAAUCGCUGAUAUAUGCCAGAGACACAAGCUCUGGCUGCACAUCGACGCGGCUUGGGGUGGUGGACUGCUUCUCUCGAGAAAAUACAGGCAUCCUCGAAUGACAGGCAUCGAACGAGCCGAUUCCGUGACCUGGAACCCGCAUAAACUCAUGGGGGCGUUGCUUCAAUGUUCGACGAUUCACUUCAAGGAGGACGGUUUGCUGAUUAGCUGCAAUCAAAUGUCAGCCGAGUAUUUGUUCAUGACAGACAAACUGUACGACGUGAAGUACGAUACCGGCGAUAAAGUGAUUCAAUGCGGGCGUCAUAAUGACAUCUUCAAACUUUGGUUGCAAUGGCGAGCCAAGGGUACAGAAGGAUUCGGGAAACACAUGGAUCGACUGAUGGAACUUUCGGAAUACAUGGUCAGAAGGAUCAAGCAGAUGCCUGACAAGUAUUACCUAAUCCUAGAGCCCGAAAUGGUGAACGUCUGCUUCUGGUAUUUGCCAACACGCGUUAGAAACAUGCCGCAUACUCAGGAGAGAAUCAAAAUCUUAGGAGAUAUCUGUCCAAUCUUGAAAGGCCGAAUGAUGCAAGCUGGCACACUGAUGGUAGGUUACCAGCCGGACGAUCGACGACCCAAUUUCUUCAGAAAUAUUAUCUCGAGUGCCGCGGUCACGGAAGCGGAUGUCGAUUUUCUGCUGGCGGAAAUGGACCGGUUAGGCCACGAUCUGUAAGAAACCUGCCUGUUCUAAUUAAUUACAUAAUCAACCGAGGGGGCACGAUUUAAUGUAAAUCGCGACACCAUAUCGAAAGUGAAAUAUUCCUGUUGAUAUUAGAAAUUCAUUAACGAGCAGGAGUUUAACCGCGUUUCAUCACGUGUACAAAAUCCGGAGGUCAAAUUCGAGAAUCGCAAUCAUGAUUAAUAAUUUAAGCACCCACCUGCUCUCUUCUCUUUUCUAUUAAUGGAAACUUUCCAUUAUAAAUCGAUAUCGUUUGAUUAAUCAUAAUUUACUUUUAUUAUCAACCAUAAGAAAUGAAAACCAAUGGCUAAAUUAACGAUAAUUGUUUCUCUAUCGAUGGAAAUUAUUAUAUUUUGCCUUUUUAUAAUUUAAUUUGGUUAUUCGUAAUCGAAAUUGACGAGAGAAGGGAGUGGUGAUUAUCAUCGUAGCACGAAAAAGAAAAAAAACGCUUCUUCAGCAUAUUUACGAAGCAACAAACCGAAGAUCAAAGGAUACUCAUAGCACGUAAGUUCUCUAGAUAUAAGCGUAUAUCCGUGAAACGAAAGAGUCAAGUUAAAAAAAAAAGCUCUAGCGAUGCUUCCGGCCGUAAAUGUUACUAGUUCUCAUUCUCAGCGCUAUAAGUACUUUCUUAGAGGGUGAAGGGAGACGAAGGGAUAGCAACGAUGUGUUUUCAUCGUAAAAUGAAGCAAUAGUAAAGUAUAGAUAUAUCAUCACGCUUAUAGUCAACGAUUCGGUCCCUUCAUUUUUUUAAAUCGAUAAUUUGAUUUCUUGCUCGAGGAUAUAUGCAUACGAAUGCACACAGUCAGUCCCGUUUCAUUUAUUAUUAUCCUUGCAGAAUUUGUAGAGUCGAGAUUGAUCUCGAACGAACAAUUAGAUUUGCGCAAGUUGGCGCAAGUUGAACAAUAUAAACAAAUAAGCGAAUAAAAAUUAAAAAAAAAAGGAAUUCUUGAAAUUGAAAUGAAUAAAAAAAAGAAUUCGUUCGAAUAGAACGAGAUAGAAUGUACAAAAUAUUUUUACUUGGAAUGGAGUACUUAUAUAGAAGAAAUAUAAAGAUAAUAUCACGAUUAAAAACGAUAACUUUAAUUUCUCUGGUUAGAUAGUUACAAUUCAUUUUGCUCGUUAAUUCGUUGAGAUGAUUAAAAUGAAUUUGUUAUUUAUUGAUCGUUUGCAAAAUUUAUCGUUAUAAUGAAAGAGGUAUGGCAUUCAUUAUUAUACAAAUGUAUGUAUGUUAUUAUUUAUUAUCGAAAGGUUUCAUCAAAACAGAGAGAGAAUAUUUAUUAAUAUAGGAAAUUUGGGGGAAAAAAAGAAGUAUAAAUAUAACGUUAAAACAAAAAAAAAUAUAUAAUUAUAUGAAGAACAAAGCGUAUAUUAUAUACAUAUAUAUAUACAUAUAUAAAUAUAUAUUUAGCGUUGAGAUUUUAAAAUACAAAACACAAACCCAUGAAAGUACAUGCUUUUUCAAGUAUUCGUGCGAACGGUUGUCAUUUAGUUCGUCGAUUACCUUUAUAUACUGUUGGAAACUGAUCUUAUUAUAUAGUUGAUGAAGUCUUCUUAGAAAUUAGUUUUCAUAGUUUAUCGAAACGCGUUUACGUCUUUCACGCGACACUUUUAGAGGAAUUCUAUUCGAUCGUUCGUUAGUUAGCCCAUCACUUCUCACAUAUUGAUUCGUUUCAUUGAUCGAAAAUAAAGCAUCAUUAAUCGUAGUUUUGUUUCUUUUUUUAAAUGGGACGAAUAAAAAUAUUUACGAUAAUUUUGCUCCUGUGAAAAACGACGAAAAAAUCUCAAUCUGUUCGACAAAGAGAAUAAAAGGCAACACUUAAGAACCGAAUGAAUUCUAUAUAGAUUUUUCGAUUCACUCGCCACCGAGGUAAAGAAUGAAGAUUACUUUAAAUGUAAGUAAAUACAAAAUAUUUAGGUAUAUAUUUAAGAAAGGAUACCUAAAUGUAUUUAUUGUAUUAAAUCUACGAAUUUACUUAACGCUUUCUUUUCCCGUCGAUACUUACCGAGCCGAUAUUCGAUAGAUAUUCAUGAAAAAUCACAAGAACGAACGAACGAGAUAUGUGAAAGCAUAGAAAAAACAUGAAAUAUCCAGAGAACGUGUUAAAGUGUUAAGACAGGCAAAGGAUCGAUGCAAUAUUGUUUAAUUAGUAGAAUCGAUAUUUAAGUCAAUCUUUAACGAUCAAUCUUAACGAUACAUCGAUUUAAGAUUGACGAGAAAGAAAGAAGGAGAUUUGUUCGAAUUGUUAUAUAUAAAAUCGAAUGAAAUCACGAUGCAUUAAACAGUAUUAUAAGCUGGCAGAGGUAUGUAUUUUUAAAAGAAAAAAAAGAAAAGAAAAAUAUGAAAUGAAAGAAAUAACAAAUAACCAUUCAUCUGACCAUGAUUAUCGAUACCUGCAGAAGAGACACUUUAUCGAAUCGUUGUUGUUAAUUGUCUACAAUUUUAUCGGCGUUAUACAUUUUUUUAACACCAGUCAUUGAUAUUGCCGACGAAUGGCUGAUUUUACUUCGAUGAAUUCACUCUUGUAUUUUAUCGUAAUUAAAAAAAAAAAAAAUGAGAAUAUAACGUCAUGCACACAUAUACAUAGACACAUAUACGUACAUCAAAGAUUUACGAGAGGAGGAGGGGAAAAAGAUAAUAUAUUUGUACAGGCAAUGAAUUUAUCUAAGUAGAAGUCUCGAAUCUUUAAUCCACAUACAAAUACACAUACAUUUGGCAAACUUAGGAAUUUCACAUCAUUGUGAAUGUAAAUGUAAAUGGUCGCCAUAUCAGUGCCGUUAAUUAACUACGGUUUUGUAUAUUCUUGUGCCCAUUUCCUCCAUCUACUCAUGAAGAACCGAAAAUUUGUAAAUAAGAAAAUAUAUAGAAUAUGUUCACCAUUUUAUCGAUGUGAAAAUUAUUUGAGAUGUGUAAUUAAAGUGUUAUAUUCUAUUCCUGUGACAUUGUUAUUACAUACUUUACGCUGUUAUAAAUCAUUGUUACAUACUGUAUUGUAAUUUAAUACAUUGUUGCACAUAUGCACUUUAGUUCUUAUAUCUAUGCACUAGUAGCGAGAUAUGCAUGAUGCACUGUUGUAUUUUUCGAUGCACCUAAUUAAAAAUUUUUUUUUUUAAUUUUCAAACCAAAGCACCAAACUAGACGAAAUCGGCACAAGUAUAAUUAACGUUGGUCAAUUCCUUUUCUUGUGAUUUAUCAAAUUGAUCCAGGGCUCAUCAACCCUGACCUCGUUAUUGUUAAUUAUUAGUCUUAAGUUGAAACAACAACAAAAUCCGACGUCUUCCAAAAUGAAAAAGAGAGAGAGAAAGAGAGAGAGAGAAAAAAAUCAGAGCAGCUAUCCUUAUAUUAUAAAAUUGUAUGUAAUUAAACAAAGAAAAAAAAAGAAGAAAACGAGAGUACAUUUAUAUAUAUAAUAUUAUAUAUAUAUAUAAAUAGAUGAGGAGAAAAUUAUAUAUAAAUAAAUAUAUAUAUACAUGUAUGUACACGUGUGAGCAAAACUCUCCUUGACGACAAAAUGAGCGAAAGAAUAUGGACUAUGUAAAGAUCUAUGCGGCGUUAGCGAUGAUCGCUGACACGUCGUGAUUCUAUGACAAGUAUCACCUAAUUGACCCUAUUAUCCACUGUAUAUCAAUGUCUAAUAAACUGCUGUUAUCCCAAA